AGAAGCGCGCCCGCGUCGGCCGCGCAGCAACUAGUGCGCAGGGGGAAAAGAGAAAAGGAGCUGCUACCUUGUGCCCGCGCGGCACAGAAUGAAGCCAGGACUGUGAGGGGAAGGGCGAGGGAGAACGGCACUUUUUUUUUCUUUGCGCCACCGCGGGACAUGGAUUGGAGCAGCUGCCGUAGGCUUCGCCGCCGCCACCGUCCUGCGCUUUGAUGCCGGAGGAGUUGUUCGCCCCUUGCCCGUCUCUCGCUCGCUCUCUCGCAAUGGAGGGGCUCCGCUGGGGCAAAGCUUGCCGGUGCCGGGCACCCGUGGCAGCGGGUAGGUAGACGGCAGGGCAAGGAAGUCUGCAAGGCGUGUUCGGGAGGCGUCGAGCCUCGCGCGGGAGGCGGAGGCGCCGUGGCAGCGCUACCUGGCUGGACUGAUCUGAAGCUUAACACGCUGCGAUUGUCCCGGUUCGAUCGCGGAUGGACCUUGCGAAGGAGGCUUGUUCGCUCCAGCGCUGGAGCGGGUCUCCCCCCCUGCCCCCUCCGACCAGAACAACCCUGUCAUUUGUCGCCGGAGAAGAUUACGAGAAGUUGAGUUUUGGGCUUCCUCGAUUGGAUUACUUGGCUGCUAAACUAGACAGUUUCCUGGUUCUCUUCUGGUCCCCUCGGUCGUCGUCUCUUCCUCCCUCCCCCUCCUCCCCACAAUGGAGAAGUCCAUGGGAGCAAUAAUGCAAAGUGGAGCUUUGUGGACAGGGGCAAUGACUUCCAACUACCUUUUGUUGGGUCUGACCAUCUUCUCUUCGCUUCUCCAAAUCAUGAUAGAAGGCAGCUCUUGGUGGUCUCUAGGUAUGAACCACAUGAAUCCUAUGAACCCUGUCCAGAUGCCAGAGGUGUAUAUAAUUGGAGCCCAGCCUCUCUGUAGCCAAUUGGCAGGGCUGUCUCAAGGACAAAAGAAACUCUGCCAUUUGUACCAGGAUCACAUGCAAUAUAUUGGAGAAGGUGCAAAGACAGGGAUCAAAGAAUGCCAGUAUCAGUUCCGCCACAGAAGAUGGAAUUGUAGUACUGUGGAUAAUAACUCUGUCUUUGGCAGAGUCAUGCAGAUAGGCAGCCGGGAAACUGCUUUUACCUAUGCUGUCAGUGCUGCUGGCGUGGUGAAUGCCAUGAGCCGGGCCUGCCGAGAGGGAGAGCUCUCUUCCUGUGGCUGCAGCAGGGCUGCCCGGCCAAAAGAUCUACCUCGGGACUGGCUGUGGGGGGGCUGUGGAGAUAACCUUGAUUAUGGCUACCGUUUUGCCAAGGAGUUUGUGGAUGCCCGUGAGCGAGAGCGGAUUUAUCAGAAAGGAUCUUACGAGAGCGCGAGAAUUUUGAUGAACAUACAUAACAAUGAGGCAGGAAGAAGAACAGUGUAUAACUUGGCAGACGUAGCCUGCAAAUGUCACGGUGUGUCCGGAUCAUGCAGCUUGAAGACCUGUUGGCUGCAAUUGGCUGACUUUCGCAAGGUGGGCGAUGCUCUGAAGGAAAAAUAUGACAGUGCUGCCGCUAUGAAGCUCAAUCUCCGUGGCAAACUGGUUCAGGUGAACAGCCGCUUCAAUGCACCGACUAUUUAUGACCUGGUGUACAUUGACCCUAGUCCUGAUUACUGCGUGCGCAACGAGAGCACUGGGUCUCUGGGCACCCAGGGCCGACUCUGCAAUAAGACUUCAGAAGGCAUGGAUGGCUGUGAACUUAUGUGCUGUGGCCGGGGCUAUGACCAGUUCAAGACCGUGCAGACAGAACGCUGCCAUUGCAAGUUCCAUUGGUGCUGCUACGUGAAAUGCAAGAAAUGCACAGAGAUUGUGGACCAAUUUGUCUGCAAAUAAGUGGGCUGGGUAGGAGAACCUCUUCCAGUCCACCAGCAGGGGAAUUGCCCUAAAUGAUCUCAGUUCUUAUUUAUAGUGCCCAAUGGGUUGCUUUCCUUGUUUAUAUGUUAAAUCUUUUGCAAAGAGAAAUGAUGGGGAAAUCUUGUUACAUCCAGCUCUG